UACGCUUAAUAAUAACGGAUCCCAAAUUUAGGAACAAAUCCUAAGCCAGUUCGCGGUCCUUUCACUGGUCUACUUGGUCAAACUUUAGCCUUCACCACGAUCUCGUUCCUUCCUUUCUUUCAUAUGUGAAUCACCAUCGUCCUCAUCAUGCAGAGGUGGAACAGAAAGAAGGCCCAUUUUCCUUUGCUGGUGCUCUCCUUCCUAAUCUUCUUAGUCAUCACAACCUUCCUCCACAGUGAAAAUAGUAUACUUCAAAUUCAUGAAAACCCCGAUCAUGUUCAUAAUCACCAAGAAGCUUCUCCAUUCACUUAUGUCAAACCCAAUCUUCCUGCUUACCUCAACCGGAUUCUGGAUAGAUUCAGUAGGUGCAACUCCACCAAGAGACAGUGCCCGAAAAUUUCGUGGGCAGACCCUUCCCAGCAUUCCAGCAGCCGGAGAGAGAAUCUCGAAGGCUGUGACAUCUUCGGGAAAUGGGUUUAUGACAAUACUUCGUACCCGCUAUACAAUGAAUCGGAUUGUCCUUACAUGUCGGACCAAUUGGCUUGCCACAGGCAUGGACGGUCGGAUUUGGGGUACCAAUACUGGAGAUGGCAACCACAUAACUGUAAUUUGAAGAGAUGGAAUGUGGCUGAAAUGUGGGAGAAGUUGAGAAAUAAAAGGCUGAUGUUUGUUGGCGAUUCCCUAAACAGAGGACAAUGGAUAUCUAUGGUGUGUUUGUUACAAUCAUCAAUUCCUGCUGAUAAGAGGUCAAUGUCACCAAAUGCCCAUUUGACAAUUUUCCGAGCAGAGGAGUACAAUGCUACUGUGGAAUUCCUCUGGGCUCCAUUGCUUGUUGAAUCUAAUUCUGAUGAUCCUGUAAAUCACAGAUUAAAUGAUCGGAUAAUUCGUCCAGAUUCUGUUCUUAAGCACGCAUCACGGUUUGAGAGUGCUGAUAUACUUGUUUUCAACACUUACUUGUGGUGGAGACAAGGCCCAGUCAAGCUAUUAUGGACUGAUGCAGAAAAGGGGGUCUGUGAAGAAUUAGAUGGUUUAGGAGCCAUGGAGUUGGCUAUGGGAGCCUGGGCAGACUGGGUAUCUUCUAAAGUUGAUCCACUUAAGAAGCGGGUUUUCUUUGUGACCAUGUCCCCGACACAUCUUUGGAGCAGAGAGUGGAAGCCAGAAAGUGAGGGAAACUGUUACGGGGAGAAGAAGCCCAUCGAUGUUGAGGGAUAUUGAAGUGGUUCCGAUUUGCCAACAAUGCGCAUGGUGGAGAAUAUCCUGGGCAGGUUGAGCUCUAAAGUUUCUGUCCUCAACAUAACGCAGCUGUCAGAGUACAGAAAGGACGGCCACCCAUCAAUCUUCCGGAAGUUUUGGGAGCCCUUGCGACCCGAACAACUGUCAAAUCCUCCAUCUUACUCGGAUUGCAUACAUUGGUGCCUGCCAGGCGUACCUGAUGUGUGGAAUGAGCUGCUAUUCCAUCUCUUGUAGAUUCCUAUGCAAGUAUCAAUAUUCUUGAUUCAUGAUGGCAACUAAUCUCUGCGCUUCAGACAAGUAGAAGGUGCUUGUAACUUGGGAAGCUGCCCGGCUUGGAAGUGGGAAAAAAAUUAUGUGCGAGAUGGGGGAAAGGGACGAGAUUAUGUGCGUUCUCUUUGUUUUGCAAAUUUAUGAGGAGGGAAUUGUUUAUUGUGGCAAACAAUACAAAAUUUGAAUGAAACAUGCUUUGUCUGGUCUUAAAA